AUGGUGGAAAGAGACUCAAGCGACGAACCACAGGCAUGGCCGAAUGCCCCUGGUGAGAAAAGCGUCGAAGCUGUCGAGGCGACGUAUGACGACCCAAAACCCGAGGUCGCAAACCCAAGAUCGGAACGGCAGAGAUUAAUCGAUGUCCUGACAUGGACACCGCCGUGGUGUCGAUGGAAUCCAGAGAAGCCGCCCACAUUCUCAAUCUGGCAUAAUGUUCUGUUCGCGUUUGCGGGUGCCUUUACUGUGGGCAAUUUAUACUACAACCACCCAAUCCUGAACAUCCUGGCUGAAGACUUCAACGUGCCCUAUGUCAAGGUGUCACGCAUCCCAACUCUGAUGCAGGCUGGCUAUGCCACCGGACUGCUCUUCGUAUGUCCAUUGGGCGAUUUGCUAAAGAGAAGACCGUUGACCUUGGGGCUCAUUGCAUUCACAGCCACCCUGUGGAUCGGGCUGUGCGUCACUCACUCAUUCACUGCCUUCUGUGCAAUCUCCUACCUGUGUGCCGUCACCACGGUCAUUCCACAGGUUAUGCUCCCGCUGGUCUCGGAGUUGGCACCCCCUCAUCAACGCGCUUUAGCAUUGAGUAUCACCACUUCUGGUAACCUCCUUGGCAUCGUGCUUGCCCGCAUUCUCUCGGGUGUCGUCACACAAUUCACGUCGUGGCGAAACAUCUACUGGAUCGCGCUUGCGUUGCAAUACCUCAUCCUCGUUACACUUUGGUUCUUUAUGCCCGAUUAUCCUUCUUCCAACCCCCAGGGACUGAACUACUUCAAAAUGAUCGGCGGAAUUAUCUUUUUGUACAAGAAGUACGCCGUCCUCGUCCAAGCUGGAUUAAUCAGCUUCUGUAUCUCGGCCUCCUUCACAAAUUACUGGACUACACUCACGUUUCUCCUAGCCGAUUCACCGUACAAUUACUCGCCAGUCGUCAUUGGAUUGUUCGCACUGAUCGGUGUGGCUGGUAUUAUCAUGGGCCCGCUAUACGCCAAAUACCUCAUUCAGCCUUUCGCCCCCCUCUUCUCUUGCAUGAUGGGCUGUGCCGCCAAUCUGAUUGGGGUGGCCGUUGGCACGUAUACGGGCAAGCUCGCGGUGGCAGGACCAAUAAUUGAGGCCUUCACGCUUGACAUGGGCCUCCAAAUUACCCAGGUAGCAAAUCGCGCUGCGAUCCAUGCGAUUGAGCCAACCGGGCGGAAUCGAGUGAACACGGCCUAUAUGCUGUGUACAUUCACGGGUCAAUUGACAGGUACCUCGGCAGGUGCAAAAUUAUACGAGCGUGGCGGGUGGAUUGCGAGUGGGAGUCUUAGUGUGGCUCUGGUGGGACUGACGUUUGUGAUUGCUGCUUUGAGAGGACCGUACGAGCAGGGUUGGAUAGGCUGGCAUGGAGGGUGGGAUGUGAGAAAGCAGAACUUGGCCGAAGCGACGAGCGGACCUUUGCCUAUUGCGGUCCAAGAGUCAAGCAGCUCGACUGAUGAGGAGAAAGGACCACGGUCAUGA